UUUACGGCUGUUUUUCGGUCAAAGUGGCAGCCUUUAUGCUCGCUUCCAUAAAGGAUCCGACUAGUGCGACUAGUGUGCAUCGAGUGUUUCGGACACACAUCCCGUCGUGGACCGGGACCCUGAAGGCCACGCCGACACUCACUCGUCUCCCUCCAGCAGCGACUCCUCCGCGGUCACCUGAACGCUGCUGUCCGGCUGAGCCUCGACGUUUUGGAAGCAAGUCGCCAACCUUUCGUCGAAUUCAGUCGCCAGGUCCCCUAGAGGCGUGAAGUCCUGGUCCUCCGCUGAAGAACAGUCUGCGAGCCUGGACCGUCCACCAUCGUCCAGAAGAAGCGCGGCCGCCUCCGCGGACAGAUGGCCUUUCAAAUCCACGCUUAACACCCCCGCCGACGGCCAUUCCUGCUCCAAAUGUGUCGCCGGUGCCGCCAUGGCCCGGCUCAGUCUAGGCGAACCGGGUCCGCGACAGAGCCUCGGCGGGACCGACAGGCCCGAGCAUCCUCCUCGUCAACAGAAGAUUCGCUCCCACCAGAAGAGGGCAGUGUUCCUCCGUUGACUGUAUAUUUCUAUUUAAUUUGGCUACAAUCGACAACCAAAUCAUAAGAAAUCUACGCUCACGGUAAUAUUUUCUUUAGUGUAUAAUGAAAUAUGUUAUGAGAAAAUUAUUGCUUCACAAUUAAUAAUGUAAAACAGCGCCCUCUGUAGACCAAGAGGCGAAACACAUCACUGAAGGAAGCGUCUCGUUACUACUGGCAACCAAUAAACGUGAGUAAACUGCGCGAUCGAUUUCAGAGAUCCAGCCUUAAGCCAGCACCAAUUCAGUUUCAAAAAGGUAAGCAACAGCUCAAAUAUUCCACCUCCGGCUGCCACAAUUCAAUACUACAUUGAAUAUAGAGUCCAAUACGGGGUAAACAUCUCACCUUUCCCCCAAAUGUUGUCCCUUUAUUGCUAAUUAUUAUAUUAAAUCUCUCGCCUAAAGGAAGGUUUUUCUGAAACACACAACGGAAGAAUUUAUCCUUACUCUAAACACCUUUCUUGACUGUCUUACUUGGGGAGUUAAAAAAGAACAGGGCCAGAUAACAAACUAAGUCCCCUCGUAGAUCAUAAAGGCCAGUGUCAACAAUAAAGACACAUGAAUGUUGUCCAUUGUUACAGCUCUUAAGUUGGGUGCUUAAGUUGGCACAACAGUAGGAGGCCAUGUGUAAGAGGCUGCCAGUAAAUAGGUUGAUUUAAACUCAGUGGCGGGUGAUGCAUCUAAAGUGUCUCACCAGCAAGAGAUAGAAGUCGCUGCUUCCUAAACAUGAGUUCAACCGUCUGCUGUGAUGCAACAUGUGAUGGAAGAAAGGUGUAGAAGAGGCAGCUUGAAGCGUACGGUACACAAAGAAAUAGGGUGUUGGAGAAGAAAACUGCUGAGUCAUGAGUUCCCCUCUGACCAUGCUGAAGAAGACGAAGCGCUCCCCGCUGCAGGGGACCCUGAGCGAGCCACGGUGCAGACCAAAUGUUGCCUUCAGGAAAGACCCAUCGUCAGCUUCAGAGUGUCAGUCAGAUGAUGGUCCUCAGAGUCCUCAGUGCACAGAAGCUGCCUCCACCACCUCAAACCCGUCCGGAGAUGCCCGGCAGAGCGACUUCGAUCUGAUGUCUGCCAUGAUGCAGCAGGUGAUCCUGCUGGAGAAGAGAGUGUGGAGCCAGGAGGAGGAGCUGCAGCGGAAGGACAGAAAGAUUGCACUGCUGGAGGGAAAGCUGGCGGAAUGGGAACAGUCAGAUGCUGCCCGUGAAGAAACCAACAAGGAAGACCUGGAGGAGAAGUGCCAGCGACUGCAGGAUCAGGUCGCUCAGAUGGAGAGCGUUCUGAGCGAGUUUGGUCUGAUCUGGCUGGGAGAGCCCCGAGACUCUGAGGUCAGCGUCGAGGUCAAGGACUUCUCCAUGGACUUUGACCUGGUGUUGGAGCGAGUCAAGGAGCUGAACGUCCUGGCCGGGGAGGAGCAGACUUUUAUACAACGCACCUCCACCGGGGCGCAGCUGGGGAGGGUCGACCCGGUUCCCCUCCGACUCUACAGCAAUGGAAUCAUCAUGUGCGACGGGCCCUUUCGCUCGUUCCAGGAGCCCAGCGCACAGUGGUGCAUGCUGGACAUCAUGGAGGGCUACUUCCCCUCGGAGCUGCAGGAGCAGUUCCCAGACGGUGUUCCUUUUGAGGUGUACGACCACAGAGAGGAAGAAUUCAACCUGGACCCACUGUGGCUCAGGUUUCCUGGAGACGGACAGACUGUACUUGGAGAGAGAGUUGAGUCCACGAAGCCAGCCUGCUGCCAUUCACUCGGAAGGAAGCCAAAGCUGAACUGGAACAUCCUUCCUAAAGUGAUGAUCAGAGCUGGUGAGCUCUAUGAAAUCAGAGACUCCGUCACAGCAAGCCUGCUGGGGCUUUCUGGAGCCUGCAGUGACUCUCUGAUCCUGGUUGAAACGAAAGCACUGCAGUCUAUGAAGGAGAGGCUGCAGACCUCCACCUGCGAGCGCGCCGGCCCCGCCCUCGGUGAGGUCACUCUCAAGGUGAGGUCAGAGGAUGGAGAGAACACGUACCUGCUGAAGAUGAGCCUCUCAGAAACAGUGGCAGACAUCCGGCGAUAUCUGGACCAGCAUCGGGGGGAGGGAGCUCAGAAGUAUGACAUCAUCAGUGCCAACCCACGCUGCUGUUAUGACGACUCCUGGACGCUGCAGUCAAGUGGGCUGACCAGAAACUUGACCCUGAUUCUGAGGAGGAGGACCUCACCAGCUGGACCCAAACAGAAGCGGCGGGGGGGGCUCAUGUGACGGACAGUCAUCAGUCCUGGCCCAGUAAAGGCUCACGAUCACUCUGUCUGGCGUCACUUGAAAAUGGGUCAUGCAUUUGACUUCAACUACUAAUCCACUGCAGGGAUCUCCCACUCUCUGGCCUCGCCCCACCGGCAGGACGGAGGGAAGGAGAGCCUCCUGAGAAGAACCAAGCCUCAUGACCAGAACCGGAGCACAAACCCGUUCAAAACAAGUCAAAGUUGAAAAUCUUUAUUUCUAAAAUAUGCAAAAACGACAAAGUAUGAAAAUAUAAACAUCUUUUCCCUUUUGCAAAACAUUUGAGAUGGUAAGGCAUGCGAGCUGGACGUUCCAAAAGAGGUGUUGUGCUCGUUCACAGGUCCCGUGAAAUGAAAGUUGCGGUACAAAAGACAGUCUUGCAUAUUUUGCCACAGGCGGAAUCCCUUGCUUCAACUGUGGAGAGUCCAGGUUUCCCCACGUGGCUUCAUUUGCAUACAGAGGAAAUCAAUUCUGCCGAACACCAACAUGACUUCAGGGGGACCAGCCGACCCCUCCGUCAUCCAACCACACCCCAUAGGACCUUCAGACACUCACAGAAGUAUUACAGAAAUAUGUUAUAGAACACUUUUCGUUGUCAAUGCAAACAAAAAUAAAUAAUACUGUCGGUCAAAUUGUUAAAGCCAAUCAGCCAUUACAAACCUGAAACAUACAGAACAUAGCGAGUCACUGUCUGACUGGGAAGCUGCGAUAGGCCCUGCGUUUCCUACAUUCAGAGUCAGGGAAUGUCUCGGCUAUUCUACCGGGCCGACGCGCUGAGAGACGUGUUCCGGAGGAGGCCGGCGCUCGCGGCCCUCAGAGGUUGCAGCGAAUGGUGAGACGAAGGCACAAGUUGGUGUCGGGAGCAGGAAGACGCACUCAGACAUUCACGCUGGCCGAGAUUCUUUGGUUAGGGCUGUGCAAGAGCACUGGUUUGGUUUCCAAAUCCUCCCUCCGGCCAGUCUAAACCCUAUGGUACACUUUUCCACCAUUUCAAAUAAUGGCGCAACAAAGGUCCUUAAAUACUUCAGUUGAUUGUCAACCACUUCUCAAAAAAAAAACUCCCCUGAGGAGGGAAGUCUGAAUAAAUUAAGCACAAGGGUCACAAAGGUCUAAGACUGUUUGGUAAAAGAUCACAGGUCAUCACUGUCGAACACAAUCUGGAGGAUCAAGUAAUGGAGGUUGCUUUCGGUUAGCCCUUGGACUGAAAUAGACCAACUCACCAGGGGACGGGGAGCUAGAGGAGGGAGAACCACUUGGGCUUUCCUUUGUCCUCCUUUUAAGAAA